UUAUGGCGUUGAUGUGGCCACCAAGAUUUUUUGGGAAUCGGCCUUUGAGUUUUUGGCUCCACAAAAGGACGAUGCUGUUGCCACAGUGGGCCUGUUGCGGCGGGAUGGACGUAUCACGCGGAGGAACUGUCAACGACGUUUCUUGCGUGUGAAUUGCGCGGAUUCAUUAGACAGGACAAACCUUGGAUGCUUUUUCACAUGCUUUCAGGCGUCCAUAUCGAUGCUAAAUUCGAUUGGAAUCGAAUUUAGUCAAUUCGUGGAUCAAAGGCCUUUGCCCCCACUAGAGGGACAGGAGGACCUCAGUCAGAGCGGACUUUCUUCCCUUUCCAUGGGAGGAAACAAGAAGACAAUUUCUCCACCGUUUGUAAAAAGCUGGUUUGAGGCCCGUAAUCCGUCAUUAUCUCCUGUAGCGGUUGGCCGAGCCCUAUCUGAACUAUAUGUGUAUAAUGGAGAUAUUGUCGCACAGUUGUAUACAAGUUCUGCUGCAAUGCACAGCAAUCUGUUGCGAAACAUUUGUGGUUUGCGGUCCACGGCGUCUAACAUGGUGAUAGCAACCCAGCGACGUUUUGAAAAUGUGUUUGAAGAUCGAAGCAAAUUUAGGAACCUUGAGCUGUUAUUAGGGAGAAACAAGGAUAUACACUUUCCUUCGAUGAACCAGGCCUUUCUUACGCGUCCUGUACCACUCCAGUAUUGGAGCUGUGCACUAGUAGCGUUGGGUGUUCCUCUAUCUGUCUCUUCUGCCGAUUUGGCGGGGGCAGUACAACGGGCAUUGGAAGAGAUUUUUUCACUGACACUGCCGUCUGAUCAACUUUCACGUCAUUCAAGUUGUGCAUUGGGCUUUUGCAUAUCUCUGGCGGAGGACGAGGUUGCAUCCCACAAGGAAUUUGUAACUGCAGUGAGUCAAGUGACCUUUGAGCAGCCGCCUCCCAUAACAGAGGAGGAAGGAAAUGUCAUUCAGGACAAUGAACGAAUUGCCGUCAUUGAGUUUGACCAUGACCGUUUUGACGCAACCAGUGUUCAAAGGUUUCUUCGGGAGAGAGAAAUACUAAGGGUGCAAAACUGCGCCGUGACACUUUUUCCAUACGCUUACCCUUUUCAGGGAGCCAGUGGAGAUUCUUCAGGCCUCGUUCAAAAGGCUGCAAAUUCCUUGCGAAGUGGCCUCAAGAAUUUUGUGAGAGGGCUCAAUAAGUAA